AUGGUCAGUCCGCGGGAUAUUCGAUUACAUCAUAUCUACCCACACGACAGGCCAUGUCUUCGUCCCCAACGCCGAGUUAGGGGCCGGCUCUACUUGACGGACGAAUCUGACAGUGUUGCAGGGUCCUCUGUUAAAGAGAAAACACGAACCCUUAAGGCAGCGGCGAGUGCCUCGGUGUCGGGUGGAGUUUUCAGGCUGAGCGUACCAUUAUAUCCCACGACUGGUGGACGAUAUCCUUCACACAAAGACCCGCAGCUGGUUAGGAAGGCGUUCCGUCUACGUGCCCCAGAUCGAGCCCUUUUCCAAUCUGUCCUGGGUGACGCAAAAAAUGUCAGCAUCGCGGAUGGCAACCUCCAAGUGGACCUACGCUCAAGGACUAUUAAAGCUGAUAUGUUCACCACCUUCACAUCAGUUGCUCAAAGAUGCGAGUGGCGGUGGCCAACAAACGACGACGGUGCCCGUUCAGUGAUCAUCGGCGCCGGUACGAACGACGUUACAGGCGAACUUGAAACCCUGCUUCCCGCAGCGCACUAUAACCGUGAGCCCCCGUCAAAGAACAGAGCAGACGGGGCGUUCUUGUUGCUGGCAUACAAUAACCAGCUAAAAGCCACGUCUCAUUAUGAAGUCCAGUUCCGGCGCAGGACGAAGGACUAUGAACGUGAGGAUCUGUAUGACCUGCGGCAAACCGACGACGACGACGAGUACAGCAAUGCAGGCUUUCUCUAUGGUAGCAAAAGUGACUCAUCAAACCUGCUAGUGGCCUUCGUUGAUGCCAGGGGCCUGCGGGCAAAGGAUGGCUCUAGUAAUGCAGAAAACGAGGAUGAUCUCAGAUGGGUUAAACUGGCCCACAGGCAAUUACUGCUUGCUUUGACUACCACCGACUCAACGCGUGGUGUACAACUCGAGAGACAAAUCAAUGCUGCAAUUGAAGCAGUGGUGAAUCCGGAUCCAAAUCGCAGCGUCGAGCUUGACAAUGGCGCUUUCGUGGCAGUCAAUCUUUUUGAACAAAAGGGAACACACCUAGGGUGGUUGGGGCCCAAUGGACAGGUUGUCAAAAUGCAAAACGAUGGGCCACUCGGUGUUUUCCAGCUCGAAUACACGCUAGAAACCACGGACGAAGCCAGCAGGAGAGCACCCGGAAGAUAUGAACUGAAUAUACCUGCUGACGAAGCCACCGUGAGUGCAACCAGAGGACCCUCGGCCAAGAGACCAGCUUCGACCUCUACAUCAUGGAGGCGCAUCGCGGUAUGCGCGGCGCAUGCAGCGGGAGCAGCUUGA